AUGGCGUCGGAGACUCGGAAAGAUGAAUUAGAGGUUCAGAAUGGUGCCGUGGAUCAGGCACCCGCGGACGACUCCCAAACCUCCGAUAACGAUGGCGGCGAGCGUCCGGUUCGCAACAAGCUAAAGGAGACGACCAUCACAGCAGCUCCAGACCAGCAGGGCGAUUCCAGCAGGGCAAGCAGCCGCGGCAGAAAGCGGUCGUUUGACGAGGACGAGGAAGAGAAUGAGGACGAUGCGGGUCACAGGAGGAAGCGGUCGCGGGACUCGAAUACGGAGGAGAUGGCGGACGCCGCGCCGGCACAGACGACAGCAGUGACGCUCAAACUCGACGAAGAUGAGGGCCAGCCGGAGUUGCUAAAGCCGCAGCAAGAAUCAGCAGGCGCAUUGAAGAAGAAGAGGAGUAGGGAUCAAUUGGACAAGGAUGAAGAGAUGGCUGAGGAGAAGGGGGAGAAGGCCGCUGCCAAGGAUACUGCAGAGAGUGGUGCAUCGACGGCAAAGGCUGCGAUUGAGUCUGCGGCCACCGCUGAAGGGGAACCAGAGAAGAAGAGGCACAGGGACGAAUCUAGAGAACGGGAUCCGGCUCCCCUUCCCAGUGCGUUCGCAAACACGUCAUCGGCAUCUCCAUUCGCAAACACAUCGUCCACAUCGCCAUUCGGGUCAAUCGGGGCCUCAACGUCGAAGCAACAGGAGGAGGCUAAACCCACCACGUCCGCGUCUGCAUUCGCCUCGUCAAGCUUAGCUGGCUUUGCCAGCUCUGAGCAAUCCCCAUUCGGCUCUCUCGGCGCGUCGACACCAUCUGUUUUCAAAUCAUCGGCCGAAUCAACACCUGCGGAUGCAGAAAAGCCCGCGGCUACCGGGUUCGCUGCCGCGGCUAAACCAUCGGGCUUUGCAGGGCUGGGAGGGGGUUUCUCUGGCUUCGGCGGCGGCUUUGGAGCUUCAGCCGCGAGCUCAGGUGGCGGUCUGACUAGCUUUGCUGCCCCCGGUGGUUCUGCUAUUCUGGGUAGUUCUAGCGCGAAGCCGCUUGGCGCAGAAGCUGAUUCGGACGACGAGGAGGAUAAGGACAAUGAAGAAAGUGGGCCGGCUGAGUUUGAGGAGGAUAAGACAGACGAGCGAUUCUUUGAGCGAGAGAUCCAAACCGGCGAAGAGGCAGAAAAGACAUACUUUUCCUGCAAAGCGAAGCUCUUCCACUUCUCAGAUAAGGAAUGGCGAGAGCGCGGCAUUGGCACUUUCAAGGUCAAUGUCAAGACCACGGACGGCGUUGAAGACAAGAAGUCUGCGCGCAUGAUUAUGCGCGCUGAUGGCGUCCACCGCGUUAUGCUGAACACGCCGCUGUUCAAGGGGAUGACGGUUGGCGAUGCCAAGGGCAGCGAGCCGAAAUCUACAAAGCAGAUCCAUUUGGCCAGCUUGGAGAAUAGCCGCUCUGUUCCACUUUUGUUGAGGGUAAGGCCUGUUGAAGUACCAGUAAACUGGAGGCCAACCGAAGAUCUUCAUGCCCGUGGGCAAUGGACAGUUUGUGUAUGCGUAUCCUUGGGAUUGGAAGAUGAUAGCGCUGGUGCAGGCGGUUUUUUGAAUUGGGAUCGCGGACUGGGGAACUUUCAACACGCUUCUUAUCGACCACAAUGGGGCGCUCAGAUGGCUGGACGAAAGACGAGAAGUACAGCUCCAUUCAUCGAAACUGGAUCGGCUGGGAACCGAAGCCACAAUGAACAGGCUGGCAGCCAACAAACUCCGACCACCAACGCGUCUACUACGCCGCAAGUGCUACAAAGCCCAGAGCAGACCGGGACCACGAAACCGAAACGGAAACGAGCUGCAACUACCGUCGGGACUUCUAACCCUCAAGAUAGCGCUGAUGGCAUAGUAACCGCCAAGAAAAACGGAAUAGCAACGAAAGAGACCACCAACUCUACAAACGCACCAAAACAACCCGGCAAGAAACCCAGAAAGACCACCACGGGCACGAAAAAGCAGCCGCCGCGCAAACCCUCUGCUCCAUGGCCGGACACCUUCAAGAACCUAUCCCGUACCCAUCGCGCCCUGAACAUUGUUUACACGUUCUGCUGCACGAGGAAGCACUUCGCCACGACAUUCGACAAUAUCAAGAAGGCGGUACAGGCGCAGAGCGGCACGGAACUUACGGUAGAGGAUAUUGCAAGGAUUCGGGUUCUUAUUCCGAGGGCUGUGAGGUUUGAGUAUGUGGAUGAGGCGCGCUUGGAUGUUUUGAGUGCGGGGGAGAGAGAGGAGGUCAAGGGUUGGGCUGUUAACCCUAAAAACGGGGAUGGCGCUGAGUCGGCAGAGAAUGGGGAAGGGGACGGCGUAACGCAUGCGUUGCUCUUUGAGUUUCUAGAUGGGGAUCUCAAGAAGGAGAGGAAGGGGGCCGCUGCGUCGCGGGACAAAGACGAGGACUUGAAGAUGCCGGUCUACAGCCAGAAGCAGAUGCUCAAUCUGAUUGAGAAGCGGAAUGGGAAGUUUGCGGACGCCGUUGAUGCAUUUCUUGUGAGGUGUGAGGAUGAGGGUAUUCAUCCUGUUGAGUCCUUGGAAAAGGAGAAGAAUGCUUUCGCUCCUGUUCCUCCUGAUUAUGAGGUUGGACCUGGCUCUGGGGUGCCAGCGAAGGUACAGGGACCGAUACCGAAGGACCGCAAAACGAUGGCUGAGAUAAUUAACGAGAUCCGGACCUUGGAUUGGUAUACGGGGCAGAUUGUACCUGAUGGACAUAGGGCGUUUGAUGCGCAGCCGGCUGUUUACGGGGACUUGAACUUUGCGCUCUCGCAGGAUCUUGUGAAUGCGUUGUACAACACGAAGGGGAUAACGCGGUUUUAUUCGCAUCAGGCGGAAGCAAUCAACCGUCUCCACGACGGACAGAACGUUAUCGUCUCGACAUCGACCAGUUCCGGAAAGUCGUUGAUAUACCAGGUUCCAAUGCUACAUGAGCUCGAGCAGGACUCGAACAGCCGGGGUAUGUAUAUCUUCCCUACGAAAGCCCUUGCACAGGACCAGAAACGCAGCAUGCAGGAGCUCCUGCAGUACCUGGACAAUUUACAAGGUACGAUGGUGGAAACGUUCGACGGCGACACACCAAUGGAAAGUCGCAAUCUCAUUCGAGAUGAGGCUCGAAUUAUCUUCACAAAUCCAGAUAUGCUACAUAUCACGAUCCUUCCGCAGGAGAGCUCGUGGCGGACAUUCCUCCAGAACCUCAAAUUUGUCGUCGUUGAUGAGCUUCACGUCUACAAUGGUCUAUUCGGAUCUCACGUUGCGCUCAUCAUGCGCCGUCUACGUCGGAUCUGUGCUGCUGUCGGAAAUCGACAUGUCCGAUUCAUAUCCUGCUCGGCAACAGUAGCUAACCCCGAAGAACACAUGCGGGCCAUCUUCGGCGUUGACGACGUGCAGCUGAUCGAUUUUGACGGAUCGCCCUGCGGCCGAAAGGAGUUUCUCUGCUGGAAUACACCAUUCAAAGAUCCCGGUGACCCAACAUCCGGACGAGGCGAUAGCGUCGCCGAAGCUGCGCGACUCUUCUGCCAGCUAAUCCUCCGAGGCGCACGCGUGAUAGCCUUUUGCCGCAUCCGCAAGCUAUGCGAGAUUCUUCUGCAAGCCGUCCGAAACGAAUGCACCCGUCUUGAGCGGCCCGAGGUCGGGAACAUGAUAAUGGGCUACAGAGGUGGAUACAGCCCACAGGACAGACGAAGGAUCGAGGCCGAGAUGUUCCAGGGCCAAUUGCUCGGCAUCGUGGCAACCAAUGCCCUCGAGCUAGGCGUUGACAUCGGCUCUCUCGACGCCGUGAUCACGCUCGGCUUCCCCUACUCGAUCUCUAAUCUCCGGCAACAGAGCGGCCGCGCCGGUCGUAGAAACAAGGACAGCCUUUCCAUCCUUGUCGGUGAGCGCUAUCCAACAGACCAGUACUACAUGCGGAACCCGGAGGAGCUCUUCUCCAAGCCGAACUGCGAGCUGCAGGUUGAUCUUACAAACGAACUUGUUCUGGAAGGACACGUCCAAUGCGCUGCCUUCGAACUCCCCAUCAAACCAGACGACGAUCAGAUCUACUUUGGCCCGCAGCUGGCCGAAUUCGCGUCUACCCGGCUUGUUCGUGAUGUGAUGGGCUUCUACCACUGCCACGAGCGGUUCAGGCCUCAGCCGUCGCGGUGCGUUCCGAUCCGGGACACAGAAGACCAACAUUUCGCCGUCAUCGACACAACAAAUGCUCGCAAUGUCGUUCUCGAAGAAGUCGAAGCCUCACGCGCAUUCUUCACCCUCUACGAAGGCGGCAUCUUCCUCCACCAAGGCCAAACAUACCUCGUCAAAGAGCUCAACCCAGAUCGCUUCUUCGCGCGCGUCGUCCGCGUCACGGUCGACUGGAACACCAUGCAGCGCGACUAUACGGACAUCGACCCCGUCGAAACAGAGCACAUGCGCCUGAUCACUCCUUCCACUCCUUCCAUCGGAAACACACCUACACUCGCCCCUACAACAGAUCUCGAACGCAAGGAAGAAAAAGAGAAACAAAUCCACGCAUUCUACGGCCCAAUCCGCAUUCACGCCGUGGUUUACGGGUUUUUCAAAGUCGACAAACGCGGCCGCAUCCUCGACGCCGUGGCCGUCGAUAACCCACCCAUCACGCUCACCACAAAGGGAAUGUGGCUCGACGUCCCCAAGUCCGCAUUGCAGAUUCUUGAAUCCCGACGCCUGAACAUCGCUGCUGCGAUCCAUGCCGCCGAACACGCGAUCCUCUCGCUCUUGCCGAGUUUCGUCAUCUCGAGUCCCGGCGACGUCAGGACGGAGUGUAAAGUUGCGAAGAAGGAAUUGGGCAAGGAUUUGAAACGCGUUGUUAGAAAUGGGAGUGGUGAUGAUGUGCCGGUUCUCCGGCCUCCGCACCGCCAGCGUCCUGCGCGGUUGACGUUCUACGAUGCGAAGGGGGGAUCGUGCGGGUCUGGGAUCGCAAGGAAGGCGUUUGAGUUUGUGGACUCGUUGCUCAAGCGUGCUGUUGCGCGGAUAGAGGCUUGUGUCUGUGUUGAGCCGAAGGGGUGUCUGGAGUGUGUUUGUGACGAGCGGUGUAAGGAGAUGAAUUCUGUUAUGAGUAAAGCGGGUGCAGGGGUUGUGCUGAGGUGUUUGCUGGGUUGGGAGGUUGAUGUCGAAGCUUUGCCUUGGGGCGAGGUUGAUGAGGAUGAUGGGGGUGAGAUGGGGGAGUUGGCGGGGGGUCUGGAGACCGUUGUUUUGGCGAGGCAGGUUCCAUUUAGGGCCUAA